AUGGCUGCACUGCCAAGGACUCACACUUCGGACGCCAUCGACCACCUCAGCAAAGGAUACGAGCACCUGACUCAGCUGCGCGCCCUCCUCUCGUCCUCUCCGGCCAGAACAAACACAGCGGCAACGGCCAUCCAGCUCCUGGAUAAGGCUCUGCACUGCGUUACCGCCGCCCUCUCCGAGCUCCAAAUCAGCUCAUCCAGCCAUCAUGCCUCCUCCAUCGAAAACAAUAUGAAUUGUACUGAACCUUGCAAAAGGAGGAGAGUUCAGCGAUGGACAAUAUUGACCUCGGUGCCACAUUUUGAUGGAUAUGAAUGGCGUAAGUACGGGGAGAAGAACAUACAGGGAUAUAAGUUUCCUAGAAGCUACUACAAGUGCACUCAUAACAAAGAUCAAGGUUGCCCAGCGACGAAGACUAUUCAACAGAAAGAAGACAACGACUGCAAUCCUCCAAAAUAUGAGGUUAUCUACAGCUUGCAUCAUAUAUGCAAAACCAUGGGGACUAACACCCACUUGGACAAGAAAUAUUCCUCAGCUCCUAUAAAUAAUACAAGCAGUACAACUACUACUUCCAGCUGCCAAGCAAACUCAUCUCAGCCUUUACUUACGCUAGUUGCAGAUCAGUUGUGUCCCAUGGAAUCCAUGCUUCUUUCCGCUGAACCCCAAAUAGAGGAGAAUGGCGGCAUUGAAAACUCCAACACAAAGUCGUCGCCUUCAACUGAUUUGGAUUUUGAUAGUGAGUGGGCUAAGUGGCUUCUGAGUUGUACAGAGAAGGCUUAGUAUUUUAGUUUAAGAAAGCAAUGAAAUCAUAUAUAAGGGAAGCUGAGUUUAUAUAUAACAGUAUGGAUUCAAAAACUUUAAGAGUUAAGAUGUAUUUUUAUGGUGUUGUUCAUGUCUUUUAUGUCAAAAGUGUAAGAUAAAUUGUCAAAAUAGAAGGACAAUUAAUCAA